UUUUUACUUUUUUGGUUAUUUCUUUUGUCUAUCUCCUAAAAGAAAUCGUUGGAGCAGCCUGGAUCCGAAGACUGGUUUAUUGCAUUGUGAAUCACAAUUCGAUUCGCUCUCUCAAAUCGGAGACAACAACCCUUCCACAACUCGAAGCAACUCAGUCAUCAUCGCCGGUUUUUCCAUCGAUUACACGAACCAGCAAAACCCUCUUGUUUCAGAUCCUGAUUCGAUAGCAGAUCUUGUUUCCACAUCUUAUGCAUUUCAUUCGUUUAUGACUUUUAUUCUUAUCUUCUGUCCCGGAUCUUCGAAUUUGAUUACAGUAAUUCGUUGAUUAUAAACUCUUAUAUUGGUCGAAGAUAUGGCCGGUGGGGUAGCGAAUACAGAUCAAUUCGAGUCGUACUUCAAAAGAGCAGAUUUAGAUCAAGAUGGACGCGUUAGUGGCGCCGAAGCUGUUUCCUUCUUUCAAGCCUCUGGUUUACCUAAAUCGGUUCUCGCUCAGAUAUGGACAAUUGCUGAUCAAAAUCGAACUGGUUACCUUGGUAGACAAGAGUUCUUCAAUUAUCUAAAACUUGUAACUGUUGCACAAAGCAAACGAGACCUUACACCAGAUAUUGUGAAAGCAGCAUUAUACGGGCCCGCUUCAUCUAAAAUCCCUGCACCCCAAAUUAACCUCAGUGCCUUACCCGCGGGCCCAGCGCCACCUCAGAUGGGUAGCACUCCUAUAAGAGCUCCAUCUCCACAGGGUUAUCCACCUCAGCAAAGUCAAACCAUGAGACCACCUCAGUCAACACUUCCCACCACCACAUUUCCAUCACAACAUGGAGGCAUGAUGUUGGCUCCAUCAGGGUCAAGUCUCUCUGCACCACCUAGACCGCAGGGACCCGGGCCCACUAACUUAUUGCAAAAUCCUGCACCUAAACCAAAUGGUACUAAUUUGUCAGCAAGUGGAAAUGGAUUUGUGUCCAGCUCAGCAUUUGGCCCUCCAUCUCAGGCAAAGAACAAUCCUGUGGUUACUGUGUCACCUCCUAGUAUUCCUGUCUCUGGUGGGACCCAAUUGCCCAAUAAGCCAGCUCAACUGCUUCAAGGAAAUGUUCCUCAUCAAAAUCAUCAAAUGCAACCAAGUUUUAGACCUAAUCAACAAGUUCCAGUUCAGAAUUCCUCUUCUUUUUCUAAUCAGCCCUCACAACCUUGGCCAAAAAUGUCACAGUCUAGUGUCCAAAAAUAUACCAAAGUUUUUAUGGAAGUAGAUACAGACAGAGAUGGAAAAAUUAGUGGUGAUCAAGCACGCAAUUUGUUCUUGAGUUGGAAGUUGCCAAGAGAGAUCUUGAAGCAAGUGUGGGACUUAUCUGAUCAAGAUGAUGACAGCAUGCUUUCACUCAAGGAAUUCUGCAUUGCUCUCUACCUUAUGGAGAGAUUCAGGGAAGGCCGCCCUCUUCCAAAGGUGCUUCCACCCACUAUUUUUGAGGGGUCAACAUUGCCGCCAUCCGGUCAACCACAACCGCAACCACCUGCCGCCACAUAUGGUGCUCCAUUAUGGAGACCUCCACCUGGUGUUCAACAAGCACAUGGGAUGGUGGGCCCACGCCAGGUCACUGGGGGUGCACCAAGACCACCGCGUCCGGUUCCGGUUCCUGUGACUGAGAAUGAUGAAGAUAUGCAGCCUAGACAGCGCAAGCCUACGGUUCCUAUACUGGAGAAGCAUCUAGUGGAUCAACUUAGUACAGAGGAGCAAAAAUCAUUGAGUUCUAAGUUCCAGGAGGCAACAGAGGCAGAUAAAAAGGUUGGUGAACUUGAGAAAGAGAUAUUGGAAGCUAAACAAAAGAUUGAGUUCUACAGAAACAAGAUGCAGGAAAUUGUUUUGUACAAGAGCAGAUGCGACUCUAGACUAAAUGAGAUCACAGAAAGGGUUUCCAGUGAUAAAAAAGAGGUUGAAUCACUAUCAAAGAAAUAUGAAGACAAAUACAAGCAGUCUGGAGAUGUAGCUUCUAAGUUGAGCAUUGAGGAGGCCACUUUUCGUGAUAUCCAGGAAAAAAAGAUGGAGCUUUACCGAGCAAUUGUGAAGCUAGACCAGGAUGGAAAACCUGAAGAAAUUCAGGCUCGUGCUGAUCGCAUUCAAGCGGAUUUGGAGGAGCAAGUAAAAAUGUUAAACGAGCGCUGUAAAAUGUAUGGAUUACGUGGGAAACCUACAUCACUGGUUGAGCUGCCAUUCGGUUGGCAACCUGGUUUCCAAGAAGGAGCUGCUGAUUGGGAUGAAAGCUGGGAUAAAUUUGAAGAGGAAGGGUUUACAUUUGUGAAAGAGCUAACACUGGAUGUGGAAAAUGUUAUUGCACCUCCAAAGCCAAAAUCCUUACCUGUCCAAAACAAAUCUACUUUCCAAUUCCAAGACAACAACACUUCAUCUUCAGCUUUAGAGGCCAAUGAUAAUAAACCCAAGAAAUUGACAGUGUCUGUGGAAGAAAAUAAUAAUGAGUCAAAUGAGCAAAAGGAAAAGGAAAAGGAAAAGGAAAAGAAAGACACCUCCUCACCCGAAACCCCAAAAAGCCCGCCUAAGAUAUUCCACGAUGGAAAGACUACCAGUGAAGACGGUUCACCCCAUGCUGUCAAAACCCACAGUGAAAAUCUGGAUACACAGUCGGUUGUUUCUAGUGAAAAAGGCUUUGAUGAGCCAGGAUCAGGAUGGGGAUUUGACACUCAUUAUGAUUCAGAUGCAUCAGCAGCCUGGGAUCUCAAUGCUGCUACUACAAAACCUAAUAAGGAUACGGAUCAAGGGAGCAAAUACGAAAAUUCCUUCUUUGAUUCCGAUUCAUGGGGCGGCCUAAACCCUAUAAGAACCGAGAUUCCAAAGAAGAGCACAUUCACAUUCGAUUCCGUUCCAGGGACACCCGCGUACAGCUACGCCGGAUCCCCACCCGCAGACAAUUUAUUCCAAAACCGGGCCCCGUUCUCGUCCUCCUUCCCCGAUUCCGUCCCCGGAACCCCGGCUUACAGUUUCGCCGGUUCUCCUCGAAGCCAUUCCAAUUUCAAUUCCAAUCAACCAUUCGCUUCGGUAUUCGCUGAUUCCGUUCCGAGCACUCCAAUGUACACAAACUCACCUCGAAGAUACUCCGACGGGCCCGAAGAUAACUCCUUCAGCAACAAUUUCUCACGGUUCGAUUCGUUCUCCAGCAACGCGCCUCAUGACCUGGCCCGCGAUCCGUUUUCAAGAUUCGAUUCGUUCCGGAGCACCGCCCAGGAUUCGGAGUACGAUCAAGGGUUUAAUGAACAGCAAACAACGCUUUCGAGAUUUGAUUCGAUGAGGAGUUCGGCGGAUUCCGAUUUCGGGCACUCGUUGUUUCAGACUCGGGAAUCGGAAUCGUUUUCGAGGUUUGAUUCCAUGCAGAGUAGGAAUGGGAAUGCGAAUGGGAAUGAGUCAUCGGAUUUCGGUCAUGGGUUUCCGGCUUUUGACGAUGGGGAUCCGUUUGGGUCGGGUGACCCGUUUAGAUCGCAUCAUGAUCCGUUUAAGAGUGAGACUCCGAGAAGAGAUUCGGUAGAUGGUUGGAAGGCGUUUUGAUGAGAUUGUAGUAGUAUUGGUGAAUUGUCUUGAUGAUGAUGUAGGUAUAUAUAGAAAGAAUGUUUAAAAAAAUCUUGGCUUGUUUGAUUGUUUGUUUGUUUGAUUUGGGAAUUGGGUGUCGUACUUUUUUAGAAAUAUGAUUCUUUUUCUUCGAAUUUUUGUUGUUAAAAUGGAUUUAUUUCCUCUUUUCGUUUUGUAAACUCUUGGUCUCAUGUUUGAAAGGUAUCAUUUUUGUAUGUUUUUUUA